AUGUUGUUGACUAGUAACCUAAGAUCAGAAAAAGCACAACCAUCAUCCGAACCAAAACAAUUAAAUUUGCUACAAACACCAAUCGCACCAAGAAAACAAAGCGGACAACUAUCACCAGAUGGAACCACCAAUCCGCCCGCAACGCAACCACCAAAAGCAACAAUAAAUCCACCUGUAACACAACUACCAAAUGGAAUAACAAAUCCACCCAUAACACAACCACCAUCCGGAGAGAAAAAGACAUCUGUCACACAGCCAUCACCAGAACAAACUAAACAACUCGUCACACAAAUACCACCUGGGCAAACAAAACAACUUGUCACGCAACCAUCACCAGGAGAAACUAAACCAUCUGUAACACAACCACUACCUACACAAACUAAAUUACCUAUCACACAGCCACUACAUGGACAAACAAAACCACCUCCCGAGCAAGUAAAACUACCCGUCACACAACCGCUACCUGAACAAAUAAAACCACCUGCCACACAAACACCAUCUGGGCAAACGAAACAACUGGUCACUCAACCACCACCUGGAGAAACCAAAUCAUCUGUAACACAACCAUCACUGACACAAACCAAACCACCUGUAACACAAGCAUCUCCCGAGCAAAUAAAACCAUCUGUCACACAACCACCUCCAGGGCAAACAAAACAACUUGUCACACAACCACCAUCCGGAGAAACUAAAUCAUCUGUAACACAACCACCACCUACACACACUAAACCACCUGUUACACAACCACUACCUGCACAAACUAAACCACUUGUAACACAACCACCAUCAGGGCAAACAAAACCAUCUGUCACACAACCACCUCCGGGGCAAACAAAACAACUUGUAACACAACCACCAUCCGGAGAAACUAAACCACCUGUCACGCAACUCCUACCUGGACAAACUACACCACCUAUCACACAAUCACCUCCAGAGCAAAUAAAACUACCCGUCACACAACCGCUACCUGGACAAAUAAAACCACCUGCCACACAAACACCACCUGGGCAAACAAAACAACUGGUCACUCAACCACCACCUGGAGAAACCAAAUCAUCUGUAGCACAACCACCACUGACACAAACUAAACCACCUGUUACACAACCACUACCGGCACAAACUAAACCAUUUGUAACACAACCACCAUCCGGGCAAACAAAACCAUCUGUCACACAACCACCUCCAGAGCAAAUAAAACUACCCGUCACACAACCGCUACCUGGACAAAUAAAACCACCUGCCACACAAACACCACCUGGGCAAACAAAACAACUGGUCACUCAACCACCACCUGAAGAAACCAAAUCAUCUGUAGCACAACCAUCACUGACACAAACUAAACCACCUGUUACACAACCACCACGGAGAUCAACAGAACCAAGCGAUCCUUCAACUGUUCAGAGACAAGCUAUGCAACUAAUUCAACAACAGAAAAUGGACCAUGAUAUUCGUCAUCUUUUACAAUACCAUGAUAUGGACGAUAUCGAUAUCCUUGUAGUGGAUGAUGGGCCAGUACAUCGUUUACUUUUAGUUCAUCCAGAACGACCAUUACCUGUUGAUAUUCAACGACUCGAAAACUUACGUCGCCGAUUACAAACUCAGGAUGAAGUUAAAUCAGUAGUACCUCAGAAAGUAGUUACACCAGUAGUAUCUCAGAAGAUAGUUGCAUCAGUAGUACCUGAGAAGAUAGUUACACCAAUAGAACGCCAGAAAGUAGUUACACCAGUAGAACGCCAGAAAGUAGUUACACCAAUAGAACGCCAGAAAGUAGUUACACCAGUAGAACGCCAGAAAGUAGUUACACCAAUAGAACGCCAGAAAGUAGUUACACCAGUAGAACCACAAAAACAACGUAUAGAUGAUGGACAAUGGCAAGGAUUACUAACUCAAGAAGAAAAACGAGCAAUUAUGGACGCUGUUAUACAACAAUUGAUACCAUUAAUUGAAGAAUCGGCUUUAGGUGCAUUAGAGCAAGUAUUAAUUCGUCGAAAUACCCAAUAUGAUGGUAAUGGUUUCAUACCUUUCCCAUUUAUGUUUGACGGUAGUGUAUUGAUUUUAGUCGCAUCACAUGAAGGCCUAUCAUCAGAAAUGUUUCAACGACUACAACAAAAACUAGCAACUACAGUUAUGGAAACUAAUUUUGGUGAAGUCCCAGAUGAUGCUGCGUUGGUUCCUUCUGCAUUACAUAUAACAAUGACAAGUGAUUUAACAGGAGAAGAUGUUCAAGACGAAAUAGAUACGUAUUCGAGGAAUGAACCACCUUCUCCUCAAGAUUCCAUUAGUGGUCCUGAAUUUGUCGAAGGCUAUUAA